GAGAGGGAGAGGGAGUGUGUGUGUGUGCUCUGCUGUUGCUGCCCUUUGAUCCCUGCAUUAGUGUUAGUUAGGGGCUCAGAGACACACACUUACACAGAGAGCAGCCAUAGUCAAGACACGGCAACAACAACAGCACCUCCUCCACUAUUCCCUAUUCCCAACAAUACUUUGAAACCGAGGACAGCCAGGUGCACGAUAAGUCCCUGCCACCACGCUCUCUCGCAAAAAUUUCAAUGGAAAAAUACCUUUUUUCUUCUUACCCCUAAAAAGAAGGAGAAUGUGAUAAAACGGGGGAAAAUGCCAAGGAGGAAGCAGGAGCAACCUAAGCGCCUGCCUUCACAUGUGGACUCUGUCUCAGAGGGGGGGCCUGAGGGUGGUGCUGCCGAGGAUGAUGGCUGGUUCGGGAACGCCUCGGAUACACCUUCGGAUUCGUCCUACGGUGAUGUGCGGCCCGACGAGCUCCGCGGCUCCCCCGAUGCGGCCGGCGGUCCGCCGAGGCCCGAGCUGGCGGACACCCCGGCGUCCGAGGGCUCGCUGGGCUGCUCCACCCCCAUCCAGCGCGCCUCCCUGGAGCUGCUGGGGCUGGACGGCGGCGUGCUGAGCGCGCAGGACUCGCUCUCCUCGGUGGUGUCCUCGCUGUACGGCGAGGCCACGGCCCACGCGCUGGGCAAGCCCCUCAGCAGCAACCUGCGCCGCCUGCUGGAGUCCGGCUCCCUCAAGCUGGAGGACGGCGCGCUGCUGGGCCGCGUCGGGGCCGGAGGCGCGGCGGCCCGAGGAGCGUCCGACUCGCCCCCCGUGGGCCUGACGCUGUCGCCGUCGUCCCACCACGCCCAGCAGCUCAGCGCCCUCGCCCGCCGCCUGGCCAACAGCAGCGGCAACAGCGCCAACUCCGCCUCGGCCUCCGCCUCACCCGUGCCUGUCGCCAUCAAGCAGGAGGCCGCCAGCGACCCCUUCAGCCCCAGCAACGGCACCGGCGGCACCAGCGCCGCCUCCAACAGCGGCUUCGUGUGGGUGGGCAUGGCCGACAAGUGGCCCCCGCCGUCCGGCUGCUCUGGGGCCAGCGGCAGCAGCCUGUCCCCGGACUCGGCCAUCCAGAAGCUGAAGGCGGCGGCCAACGCCGUGCUGCAGGACAAGAGCGCCGCCGUGGCCUCGGCCUCCUCCGUCUCCUCCUCCUCCUCCUCCUCGUCCUCCUCCUCCUCCUCCUCAGUGACCUCCUCCACCUCCAUGCCAGCGCUGGGCACGCGCGGCGCGGACGACGUGGUGCGCUUCGAUGCCUUCACCUCGCCCUUCAGCCCCCAGUCGGCCAGCUCCACGCUGGCGGCGCUCUCCAAGAAGGUGUCUGAGCGCAGCCAGCAGCAGCAGCAUCAGCAGCAUCAGCAGCAUCAGCAGCAGAGCAGCGCGGCAGCAGCAGCAGCGGCGGAGCACCAGAGCCCUGCCAGCUCCUUCCUCUCGCUCGUCUCCAUGACCUCGUCGGCUGCCCUGCUGAAGGAGGUGGCGGCGCGAGCGGCAGGCAACCUACUGGCCGACAAGAAGGACACUAAUCUGGGGCCGGGCUCCACAGACGACGUCAAGCCCCUGGUGGACAGGAACCAGAAAACCCCCACCUCCACUCAGAGCAUGGACCUGCUGCUUCCCCCCACCCCAAAGGGCAGAAUCAAGUCCAGCAGUCAAGCAGGGUCCCCCGAGGAGGGAGGGAAGCCGUUUCAGUGCCCAGUGUGUGGCCUGGUCAUCAAGCGCAAGAGCUACUGGAAGAGACACAUGGUGAUCCACACCGGCUUAAAAAGCCACCAGUGUCCCCUCUGUCCCUUCCGCUGCGCUCGCAAAGACAAUCUCAAGUCCCACAUGAAGGUGAGCGGGUGGACCGGGCUCUCUGUGUGCCGCCGGCCCCAGGUGCACCAACACCAAGACCGAGGGGAGACGUUCCAGUGUGACCUCUGUCCGUUCACCUCCUCCCGGCAUUUCAGCCUGAAGCUGCACAUGCGCUGCCACCAACACUUCCCCCGGGCAGACGUCAAGGUCAAGGAGGAGCAGGUCACCGACAACGAGGAGGGCGACGGCUCAUUGGCGGGCGACGCUAGUGGCUGUGGGGACAUUGCGAUGGCCACGGACACCGAGGCGUCCCCCUCUCCUCUGCCACACAUGGACGGCCGUCUGCGGGCCUCCCCCGGCGAGAGCUCCAACCACGUCCAAAUCAAGGAGGAGCCGCAGGAGCGCGACGUGUCGGUGCUGUCGCCGUUCAGCCUGGGCCGGGAGCGGCCCGCCAGCAGCACCAGCUCCCUGGAGCUCCCCGGACUCAAGGCCAGCCCCGGCGGCCCCACCGCCGCCUCCAUCUUCAGCCCCGACAUCACCACUAAGACGGCCACCGACCUGCUCAUGAAGCUCUCAGCGGCGAACCAGAAGGAGGGCCUUAAGGGCACGCUCUGUGUGAAGGAGGAGCUGGGGGCCGAACCCUCCCCGAGCCCGCGGGCCCCUGGCUUCAGCUUCUGCCAGGAGGGGCCGGUGGGGGGGCUGAAGCCCCGGGAGGAAGGGAGCCCCAUGCUGACCAAGGGCGGCAGUCUGCUGAGCCAGGACAUCAACGUCAAAGUGGCCUCGGAACUCCUCAUGAAGCUCUCAGAGAACAACAAGGAGUCCUGUUCCCAAACGGUGAUGGUCAAGGCCGAGCCUAUGGAAGUGGACCCGCCCUCUGACCCAGCACCUCUCCCAUCUCACCUAUUGGGAUUCAGCACUUUAGGAGCAUGUGAGAAGAGGGAACCAAUGGCAAAUCUCCCAGAGGCGUUGCCCCGCCCCCAGAAGGAUCUUUUCUCCCAGGACAUAUCUGUCAAGAUGGCCUCUGAGCUCCUCUUCAAACUGUCAGAAAAAGUCAGCAAAGCUAACAGCAACAAGGACAACACCACACUGGGCAUGAACAGUCCCUUCCUGGAUGACCGCUUCAGACAAUCACCUUUCAAUACUCGCUCCAAGAGCUCAUCACCUGCAGAAGCCAGUUCUUCAGCACAGGCCCUACAAGACUCUGAGAAGGCAGGUGGAGAGCCGGGGAACGGUCUGGCUCAGUGGAGGCUGAACGAGCAGCUCUACCCGUGCCCAGUGUGUGGGAAAGUGUUUGGCCGACAGCAAACUCUAUCCAGACACCUGUCCUUACACACAGAUGAGCGGAAGUACAAGUGUCAUUUGUGUCCCUACGCCGCUAAGUGUCGUGCCAACCUCAACCAGCACCUGACCAUUCACUCGGUCAAGCUGGUCAGCACCGACGCUGAACACAUUGUUAAUGCCGUGACUGGGGAGAGCAAUGAACGCAAGAACUGCUCUUUCUAUUACAGCUGCCACGUGUGUGGUUUCCAGACGGAGCUGAAUGCCCAGUUUGUGAGCCACAUGUCCCUGCACGUAGACAAGGAGCAGUGGAUGUUCUCCCUGUGCUGCACCUCCUGUGACUAUGUCUCUGUGGACGAGAGCGACAUCAAGUCACAUGUAGCUGCAGAACACUUGGGUCUGUCUCGAAGUCCCCUAAGUGAGACGAAGAGCACCUCCUCCUCUCUGUCCGCCCUCAGCGACUCCCUCAACAGUUCCGAGGGCGGCGAUGCCACCCCCGGCAGCGAGGAGCUCAAGAGUCUCCUGGCCCCGCCCUCCACCGGCAGCCAAUCAAGUUCUGGCUCAGGGUCAGAAGAGAAGUCCGAGAAAGGCUUUGAAUGUGUGUUCUGUAACUUUGUGUGUAAGACACGGGCUAUGUAUGAGCGGCACCUCCAGAUCCACCUCAUCACACGCAUGUUUGAGUGUGACGUCUGCCACAAGUUCAUGAAGACGCCUCAGCAGCUGCUGGAGCACAAGAAGUGCCACUCUGUGCCCACAGGAGGACUCAACAGGCCCGCGGCCCUGGAGUGCCACCUGAAGACCCACUGCAAGCCGGAGUACCGCUGCCGCAUCUGCCAAUCGGUGUGGGCGGACCAGGCCGAGCUGGAGGGGCACGCGCGUGCCCACCGGCUGGGCAACCACUACCGCUGCGAGCAGUGCGGCUACCUCUCCAAGACGGCCAACAAGCUGAUCGAGCACGUGCGCGUGCACACAGGCGAGCGGCCCUUCCGCUGCGACCGCUGCAGCUACAGCUGCAAGCGCAAGGACAACCUGAACCUGCACAAGCGCCUGAAGCACGCCCCGCGCCAGAGCUACAGCUGCAGCCUGUGCCCCUUCACCACCACGCACCCCUUCGUCUUCAGCCGACACCUCAAGAAGCACCAGGGGGGAGGAGGAGGGGGAGGGGGAGGGGAAGGGAGCGCCGAGGAAGGCGAGGCCCAGCAGGGCAGCUCGUGCCUGGGCCUGGGCGGCGGGCGGGAGGCCCUGCUGCUGCUGGAGGAGGCGGCGGGCCUGGGCGGCAGCAGCAGCGGGAGCGGCGGCAGCAACAGCAGCAGCCCCCUCAUGAGCCUGUCGGCCUCGCAGGCCCUGCAGUCGGUGGCGCUGUCCAUCAGGUGCAAGCAGCGGCAGGGCGCCGCGCCCCUCCAGCACUACCUCUCCGCCAACGGCCUGGCGGCGCCCACCCCCACCCCUCCGCUCCCCGCCCUGCCGUCUCCGUGGGCCUCCAGCUACUACGAGCAGUACAGGAACUGUGAGCUGGCUCACCUCAUCCCGCUCACCACUCUCUUCACCAUGCGCCGCUUCGCGCCCCAUGGCUUGGCCUCCUCCUCCUCCUCCUCCUCCUCCCCCUCUCCCUUCUCCUCUUCUCCGUGCCUCUCUAGACAGGGGCGCGUCACAUCCCUCCCUUCCCCCAAAACUCCCACCUCUCUCAAACACUCCUUCCUGGCUUACCUGGGACUGACAGAGCGCGCUAAAACUGUCUGACCUGUUGUCCUCCUUCCACCGUUGUCCUUUCAUAUUGUCCCGCAUCCCUCAACUCCCCCGCUCCUCCUCAUGCCUGAACUGUUAGCUUAAAUAAGACAGUCAUCUGGACCACUCAAAAGUGGCUUCUUUCCAAUCAAGGGCAACAAAUGUCCAAAUGCUAGCCAGAAGGCUAGCCACGGUAGAGACAAUGAACCAUUUAUCAAAAAGAGAAGGAGAAAGGCUACAUGUACUGAAUGCAUUUAUAUCAAAGCUGCUUUGUCCUCUUGCUUAUAUCAAUCCAAUUAUUACUCUGUUUUGGUUUGUUUGUUUUUCUUUCUUCUCAGAAGUUUUUCAGAGACCAGGAAAAAAAACAAAUAGUAUGGCGUAAUCCUUUUCUUUUUGACUAGGAUAAAAAAGUAAGAAGAGUUAAAAGAAAAAAAAGAGAACCUGCAAGCGCUAUUUUUUUGUGCAUUUAUGUCUUUUUGCCAAGCAUCAGAUAGCAUGCCUAUGUGUUAGAAUGGGGUUUGAUUUGACAUCAUGUAUGGGCUUUUUGUAUGAUAUAAUCUCCCAGGGUGUUUACAGCCCUUGUUCCCCAAACAGUCCAUGAAAGAGACUGCUUUCUAUAUUUAACAAAAAAACUGUCUUUUCUCCAAAGCCACGCCUCAAAUCACGCACUUGAUUAUUUAUCAGAUUGUACAUAGUUUGGCAUUUGUUUGUUAGGUGGGUUAUUUUUGGUCACUUGGCUUGGGUUGUUUUUGUAGAUUUGGUGAAACCAAACACAUUAACACUAAUCUCACCUGUCUUAUGGGCUGCCCCUUCUGCCCUCACCGGCACGGCGGAAGAGCGGCUUCUCUCCCCUGCUGGUGCCAUGCUGUGCCAUGCUGGUGCCAGGCCCGUAGAGGUCUCUGCCACAUGUGAAGCCUCCAGGGUGGUUGGCAGCACGCUAUAGCUAGUGAUGAUGCCACCAUCGCUGAACCCCACCAGUGGCUGGUAUCAGUCAUGCAGUGGUAUGACUAAGGCAGCGCAGAGAGCAUCGAUGUGACCUUAAAGAUGAGAUGUGGGUCAGGAAAGCCCCUUGCAAAUAGGUCAUGUAUUUAACAGAGAGCAAAGCUAUGUCUACAUUUCAUCAGAUAUGGACUUUUUUUUUCUUUCGUGGAGGUGACUGGCAAGUCAGGGGAGACCCUGCAGAUUCAGUCACCAAAGGCCGAUUUAAUGGUGCUUUUUGGAGGUUUUUUGUAAUUUUGUGUAAAAAGAACUGUUCCAAAAUGACUUGAAUGAAUGUAUUUUAUUUUCCUUUGGGUUCAAUGUUAAAGUGAUACAGAGGUAACUGGACUGAGUGGAACGUGAAUUUGAGGAUUGGUGAGUAUAUUAUUGGUGGCCUUCUGUGUCUGUUUCUGUUCAUCUUUUGCAUAUUCAGUUUUUGUUUUAUUUUUGAAUUUGUACUGAGCCUUUUAAAAAUGUAGAAUAUGAAAAUAAUUAUUACCUGUACUAACAAAAAUUGAGGAAUCAUUGAAAAAUGGCUCCAAGUGCAAUGUGGAUGCUGCCAUUUAAUUAGUUAAUGAUGAUGUAUGUAGAAGCUUGGCCCUGCGGAAAGUGGGCAGACAUGGUACUGUUUUUGACACCCCCCUCUUAUAUUUGAGUUGUGAAUGCACUUCAUCACAUUUCAGAGACAGAAAGCACUUAGGCCCUCAAAAGUCUGACGUUUUGAUGCCACCCAUACAUAAACUCUAGCAUGGUAACAAUGUGUGGUCCUGAUGAUGAAACUAGCUGAUCAAUAUGCCCUCCAUCUGCUUUCUGUUGUCAUUUUACUUUUGGGAAAUGGAAGCUAAAUUGAAACGUGAUUCAAUUGUUCCUCUUGAGGGGCAAACCCCACAGGAAGAAGCUUCUCCUGUCCUUGACUCCUGUCUUUAAACUCCGAACACAACAGAGCCCAAAUUAAACAGCAGAGGUUAAACCCCCUCCCACCACAUCCCUGGUCCAGAAAAGUUGCCAGGCUAAAUUGAGAUACGCCUUUUUUGCACAGGCCUUAAAAUGUUGCACGUUUGAAUAAAGAGGAAUCUAUUUAUCAGAGCAAAUAGAGAACAUUUGACAACAAAAAAAGACAAAUAAUGUCCCCAUUGGAGCUCUCACUACUGGACACUCCACAUUAAAGCAAAGCAUUUAACUUGGGUCAUCUUUUAAAGUCAUCCUCCAUAUCCCCACCCACCUAUUUAUCCUCACAAGGUUUGGAAAAUGUCCUCGCAAUUAGCUAUAAAUUACCUCAUUAAUUAAUUAAUGGUCAGGAAUUCGGUGUCUAGAAAUGGAGGGUCGUCAUUCUAUGCUAUUAGUCACUGCUAGUUUUAUAUUUCCGAAAUGCUGUAAGGUAAAGGAAUAAUCACUGGCAAGGUGCCAAUUUCAGUUGCAAUCUGCCUCUUGUUGGGUGAGAAUAGGAGCGUUAUAGGAUGACCCUUGUGUUAUCAAAGGGAGUAUCAUUUCCCCCAUGUAUAUAUUCUUUCUGUUGAUUAGAACAUUGGUGGCGAUAUUCUUGGUGAUUGAGUUGAGUUACUGAAUCAGUGAACAAGUGAGGAUAUGAUGGACAUAAAUAGUCACCCAGUGACGACUUGACCCUUUUGUCAUUUUUUAAACCUUUAAAACUUGUGUCUAUGUUCAGCAUGCAGUUCUGGUGCUAUGUUGUAACAAAAUAAGGAGUUCCACUGCUUGAUACAAAAGGCUCCUUCUCUACUCGUAUGUUCUACCCGAGUGCCACUUGGUGGAAAGAAGUGGCCUGAGACCCCAGAGGACACAAGUCAAACUUGGCUCUCUGGGGUCCAUUCUGUGGACACAUGCAUAUAAAUCCUAUGUGUCCUUUUUUGGAAAAGCCUACUUUUGGUUCUUAUUCUUUUAGUCAGUCUGCCUUCAACAACUACCAUGUCAUGGUCAAGCCAACAGAAAAAUCAUGUCAUGUUUCUUUUGCCCUCUCACUCUGUUCCAGCACGUGCAGAACAUGAGAAUGGCUAUGGCCGAGGCUAUUCUUAAGCUAAUCUAAUUUUAAGCACUUCUUUUAAAUAUUUUGCCUGAUCAUAAGCAGCAUCAUUCGGCUUCUAUUUUUUAUAUGUUUGUUUUCAUACCUCCAUUACAAGACUUACAAACUGCAUGAUAUUGCUCUCUUUGUCUCUUUUUUUCUAGUUCUUUGCACUUAUUAUGUUGUAUCCUCUCAAUACUAACUUAAACAUGGUUUGCAGUUGACUGCGUACACAAUACUACGGUUUCCACAGUCCGUUGGCUUAGCAUUUUUCGCUGUAUUUUAUGACAAGGCUCAACUUUUUUUCUAUUUUGUUCUACUUUUGGCACUUGGUGAUACAAAUAAUUGGUAUAUGCUGUAAAAAAGCUUUUUUAUGACUUCAUUCUUAAGGCUGUACAGGGUUGUUUGUGACUGUAACUGGUAAUUAGACCAUUUGUACUUUUUAUUUGGUUUUGUAUUUGUUUUGGUUCUAUGUUUUGGCAUCCUUUUAUGUUCCAAUUGCCAGUUCUAAAUGUAACAGAAUUUGAAAGUAAAGCUCACAUCAGAUAUUACAA